AUGGCGCAGAUACCCUAUCUCAGUUGGUCUCCUGAACCCCCAGCCAAUGGAGACGAAAACGGGCAAAAAAGCAAGUCAUCCCAGUUUAAAAGUGACAAGAACAAAAAGGCCAUAUGGCAACUCCUGGUGAACGGAUUUGAUAUUGACGAUGAGGGGAUGGAUGUCCAAGCAGCCUUGCACUGGGCCGCAGAACAAAAUGAUCUGGUCGCGAUGCAAAUCUUAUUCAGCCUUGGUGCAAGCGCAACUGGGAAAGCCCUCCGCUACGCGGCCAGUGGAUGGCGCUGUGCUUCCGCAGUUCAGCUCCUGAUUGACCAUGGAGCAGAUAUCGGAGCCCGAGGUGAGCCGCAUGGCCGGACAGCCUUGCAUUUGGCCGCGCUUAUGUCCGUCUCAGAUCACGUUCGUGUGCUCCUCGACAACGGAGCCAAUGUGAACACCCGGUCAGGAGAAGACGAGACAGCCUUGACUCUUGCCGCUUUUGCCGGCAAAGCAGCUACAGUAAAGCUUCUUUUGGAGCGGGGGGCUGAUGUUUCUUGUGGUGACAGAUCCGGGUGGACCGCUCUCUCGCACGCCUGCAACGGCCAGGACAAGCAGGAGAUCGUGCAACUUCUCCUAGGGGCAGAUGCAGACAUAAAUAUUCGAGAUAACGAAGGGUGCACACCUCUUUCUCGUGCCGCGCAAUGCCAGUCAUCUAUAAAAACAAUCGAGUUGUUGAUAGCCACGGGUGCGGCCGUGAUAACUCAAGAUAACUAUGGGAACACUCCACUGGCUCUGGCUGCUUGCCACGGGGAUGCUGACACUGUUCGCUACCUUGUUGAGAGAGCGCCUACGUCCCUGCGCAUGGCCAAUAACGCUGGUAAAACGCCACUGGCCCUGGCUGCUGCGCACGCGCGGAUUAGUGUGCUUUGGGUUUUAUUCGAGCUGGAGAAUAAAGGUGGGGGCGUUGAUAUCGAGCAACUGGAUGCUAAUGGCGAUAGCUUGUUGGCGGUGGCAGUUGGGGAUGCGCAGACAGAGGUAAUAAGCACUCUCCUCAGCAUGGGAGCGAACUUUAAUUCCGUCAAUGUCAAGGGACGUAGUCCACUGGCUUUGGCAGCCCAGCAGGGAUACGUUUACUCGGUGGAAAUGUUGAUAGAGGCCGGAAGUAAUGUGGAGGCUGAGGAUAAUGAUGGCUAUACUCCUAUCGCUUUGGCCGCGAUGAACGGGUGCGUCAACGCGGCCCAAACGCUUCUCGAUGCUAGUGCGAAGACAAAUCUCCGAUGCCAUAACGGACUCACAAUCCUGGACUUAGCCAGGAAGCACAAUCAGCAACAGAUUGUCCACCUUAUUGCCCUGGAGCAAUGGAAGCGGACGCUGUUGGACCAAACGCGAAGGGCGCCAUCCCAUAUAGCUCCCAAUUCGCUCUAUUUACAGCAAUUAUCCUGCCCUCGAAGCACUAGAGUGUUAACGUUGCACGCAGGUGGCUUCGAAGAUCCAAUUUGCUGUGCCCUGGACGUCAUCAACUACACAUCCCGGCAUUCCCAAUACGAAGCCCUGUCCUACCUCUGGGGUUGUGAUAACCCCAGCUGUGAAAUUUGGAUUUCGGGACAGAGAGUCCUUGUUCGGGAAAACUUAUCCUGGGCCCUGCGUUAUUUGCGCGAUGAGAAAAGCUGUCGGGUAUUAUGGGUGGACGCGAUCUGUAUUGACCAGGAUAAUAUCGCGGAGAAGAGCAUGCAGGUCCAAAAUAUGACUGAAAUUUACAGAUCUGCAUCGAGUGUCCUGAUUUGGCUUGGCCAGGGAGACGAGCUGGGACAUGCGUUCUCCCUUGUCGAACAUCUUAUUUGGAAAAGAGAGGGAGCUCUUCGUACCGGCUCCUACCACGAUUUGUGGGAUCAAUCGACUCGAUCGCUUGCCUGCCUGCUAGACCAUCCGUACUUUAACCGGGUUUGGAUCUAUCAGGAGAUUGUCUGUUCCAUUAAUGCCACCGUGUACAGUGGGACCUUUGACUUAGGCUCUCCCAAAAUGUACUCCAUCUCUUGGGACACCAUAGCCAAGUCCUAUCAUCUGGUUGGGCAAAGGGAGCUUAGGUCAGGAGUGUGGCGAGCCACGACGAGCUCUAUCUCACGGCUCGGCUCGCUGAUCAAAGGGCAGAGAUCAUUUAGGAAAACAGUCUUGGACUUGCUGACUCUCCUUGAAGUUCAGAGGAACAGCCAAACAACCUUGCCUGUUGACAAAGUCUACUCCGUCGUCGGAUUAUCUGCUGAGGGAAAAUCCGGCCGCAUGCUUGCUGACUAUAACUUAACGGUAGUCGAAGCUUUUACGCAUGUAACUAGGUCCGUGAUUGAGUCACGGCGUGACCUGCGAGUCUUAAGCGCCGUUCAGCACUCUGCCGAAGAGUCCCGCCUUCCAUCAUGGGUGCCCGAUUGGCGUAAAUCCUGGGAAGUACGACCUAUCCUCUUUGGAACCUCCGAGCGUGCAGACGCCCUGACCUUUUUGGGUGCUGGCGCAGAAUGGAGGCGGCUGCUGCAGGUAUCCGAGUUUACAGCAAUGGAUGCCAACUACGGGUCGAUUCAGGAUCCCCAGAGGAGCUUUAGUGCAGCGGGUGGGCGUCCUAUAUCCCCUGGGCCGUCUGAGCAUCCGACAGAGCUGGGGCUGAAGGGAAGAUGCGUGUCGAUAAUUAUGACUCUAAUCGAGUUUGACGACGAUGUAGAAGUUCCUAAUGAUUGCCUCGAGGCCCCCAUUAUGUCAUUCUUCUUACGCGACUUGAACGCCUCCUGGCAGUCGCCGUACCCUGGCAGCAAGGAGGAGACCUAUUGGGACGCUCUCUCCAAAACAAUAACUGCCGACCAGGAUGAAGAUCUCGCUGGUCUUGAGGAGCUACCUUUCCAGGAGCCCGAAUCCAACUUUGAGGAAAUAUUCAUGGAGCUUUUGCAGCGCACGUGA